UUGCCUUAUUUAAUGGAUCUUUGAAUUCACACGAUCGUAAAUUUUGUUUCAGUUGCACAUCGAAAUACGUGGGGGAAUACUGUCAACACUUGAAUCCGUGCUACACGGGAUCGCGUUGCCAGAACGGCGGUUCGUGCAGGGUGCGCGAGAGCAUCGGGGGUGGUACACCAUCCUUCGCGUGUUCCUGUCCCGUGGGCUUUACCGCCAGCCUGUGCGAAAUUCCUAUCGAAAAUGCCUGCGACUCCUCGCCCUGCCUCAACGGUGCCACGUGCAAUCUCAAGUCGUUGCACGAGUAUGUGUGCACGUGCAGCACCGGAUAUACAGGCGAGCACUGCGAACGACAGGAUUACUGUGCCUCGUCGCCCUGUCGAAACGGGGCCGAGUGUCGCUCACUUGAGAACGGCUACAAGUGCACAUGCGCACCUGGCUUCACGGGACCGAAUUGCACGGACGACAUCGACGAGUGUGACAGGGACCCGUGCAGACACGGUACCUGCAAGAAUAUUCAUGGAUCUUACAAAUGCAUGUGCUCGAGCGGAUACACCGGACAAAAUUGCGAGAGCGACUACAUCCCCUGCGAUCCGUCACCAUGUGAAAACGGAGGCUCGUGUCAUCAGCUGGGCGAGCUCGGCUACGCGUGUCACUGUCCCGAAGGUGAGUAA